AUUCUUUAAGACACCGAAACUAAAAAUGAUGCAACAACUGCAACAAACUCUGUAACUCCAAAAACACGUAGCCACAAAAUUCACCAGAGGCAGUGAUAGUUCAUCAUGUCAAGCAGAUCCUGGUUGGCCGGGGUGGCGUGGCGGGCGGCGCGGCGAGGGCUGGCGGUGCGGGCGGCGGCGUCGGUGCGGCAACUGCGCGCCUCGUCCGGCGGCCCGGGGGCUGAAGAGGCGGCGCCGUGCUACGGGCACUGGGCCGCCGCUGCCGCCCUCGCUGUCACUGUUAUUGCUGCUGAACAUUAUAACGAAAAGAGAUUCUUCAAGGCAGCCCUACUAGGAAAUGUUCAAGAGUUAGAAAAACAAAUCCAAUCCCUGGAAACUGUGGUCGGUAGCGGCGGCGGCGGCGGCGGCGAGGAAGAAGGCUCGGCGGCAGACCGGCGGCACACACUGGGCUGGACGGCGCUCAUGGCCGCCGCCGCCAACGACCGGGCGCCGUGCGUGCGCGCGCUGCUGGCCCGCGGCGCCCGCCCCGACGCCCGCGACCGCUACCCCGGCGCCGCCGCCGCCGCCGCGCGACACGGACUACACGCGUUAGACAUCCUCCAGCGAAGAGAAGAAGAGUUCUGUCCGUCGAUGAACGCACGCGCCUCCUAUCUCGGGUGGACUGCGCUUCACUAUGCGGCUCUAGGGGAUAGUGCUGACAGCACCCGCGCGCUGCUAGCUGGCGGUGCUGACCCUACAGCUAGAGACCAUGCAGGACGCCGCGCCAUACACUACGCUCGAGAUGCCUCCCCUACUAGAGAGUUACUCGUAGAAGCAGCGAAGGACUGGGAGCGCGCGGCCGCCGCAGCCGCCGCUGAGGAACGCCGCCGCUUUCCCUUAGAACAACGACUCAAGCGGUACCUAGUCGGCCAGCGCGCCGCCAUCAACGCCGUGGCCGCCGCCGUGCGCCGGAAAGAAAACGGCUGGUCAGACGAGGACCAUCCUCUCGUCUUCCUCUUCUUAGGAAGUUCAGGCGUCGGUAAAACAGAGCUAGGGAAGCAGCUAGCUCGAUACCUGCACGGGGACCAGCCGGGGGCUUUUAUACGGCUGGAUAUGUCGGAGUAUGGGGAGCGGCAUGAAGUGGCCAAGCUGAUAGGGGCCCCGCCGGGGUAUGUCGGGCAUGAGUCGGGCGGCCUGCUGACCCGUGCGCUGCAGAAGCGACCGGACGCCGUGGUGCUGUUGGACGAGGUGGACAAGGCGCAUCCUGAUGUUCUGACUGUGUUGUUGCAGCUGUUUGAUGAGGGUCGGCUUACAGACGGCAAGGGCAAACUGAUCGAGUGCAAAGACGCCGUGUUCGUGAUGACUUCCAACUUGGCAGCCGACGAGAUCGCGCAAUACGGCAUGCAGCUGCGGCGCGAGGCCGAGCGCCCCCCGGCCGGCCUCGCCCCCACAGUUUCCGCCCCCGACGCCCCCGCAGUUACCGCCCCCGACGACCAGCCCGCCCCCGAAGUGCAAGUCUCACGCCAGUUCAAAGACCAAGUCGUCCGACCGAUCCUGAAGCGCCACUUCGGGCGAGACGAGUUCCUCGGCCGCAUCAACGAAAUGGUGUACUUCUUGCCCUUCUCACGAGCAGAGUUGCUAGAGCUGGUUCAGUUGGAGCUCGGGCGCUGGGCGGAGCGGGCGCGUGCCCGCCACGGGAUCGACUUAGCUUGGGAAGGGGGAGUAUUAGGUGCUUUGGCUGACGGUUAUGAUGUCCACUAUGGAGCUAGGAGUAUCCAGCACGAGGUGGAACGGCGGGUCGUGAACCGGCUGGCGGCGGCGGCGGAGCGCGGGGAGCUGCCGCGGGGUGCGGGGGUGCGGCUCGAGGCGCGCGGGGGGAGGCUCGCGCUCGCCGUGCGGCGCCCGCCUGAUGGCAACUACAAGCCGCUUGACGCCGAGUGAAGGGAGCUAGGGACUGUGGGACUGAGUGAAUGUAGGCAGUGAAUGUAGGCAGUGAAGUGACCAGUGAUGGGUGGGCCUGAAUACAUGGUGGCAAAUUUCUGUACAUAAAAUUAUGCAUAAUGCAACUGUUAGGUGCCUGCUGUUAGUUUAUAAUAAUAAUUUAGAUAAAUAAAAAUGCGAUUACAUAUGUAA